CAGGCGCCUCUUCUUUCCUGGUGGUUUCAAUUGUGUCAGGUGUGAUACGGUUGAUGCCUUCCCCGAACCAGUAAUCACAGAAAAAACGCGUCCUUUCAGAAGCAAAAUCGGCAAGAAAAAUGAAGACCAGGUUGUUGUUGUGUUUGCUGCUGGCCGUGGCCGCCGCGGACCCCAAGGUUUAUUUUCAGGAGGAGUUUUCUGACGGAGAUGCCUGGAUGCAGAGAUGGGUUGAAUCGAAGCACAAAUCUGAUUAUGGAAAGUUCAAGAUGACUGCUGGCAAGUUCUUUGGUGAUGCAGAGAAAGAUAAGGGACUUCAAACGAGUGAAGAUGCCAGAUUCUAUGCACUGUCUGCUAGAUUUGACCCCUUCAGCAAUGAAGGGAAGACCCUUGUUAUCCAAUUUACAGUUAAGCAUGAGCAGACCAUUGACUGCGGGGGUGGCUACGUGAAGAUCUUCCCAUCAGAUCUAGAUCAAUCUGAUAUGCAUGGCGACUCGAACUACAAUAUUAUGUUUGGCCCUGAUAUCUGUGGUCCAGGAACCAAGAAAGUCCAUGUCAUUUUCAAUUAUAAAGGAAAGAACCAUUUGAUAUCAAAGGAUAUUCGCUGCAAGGAUGAUGAAUUUACACAUCUCUAUACCCUCAUCAUUCGCCCUGACAAUACUUAUGAAGUGAAAAUUGACAACCAGAAAGCUGAAUCGGGUAGCUUGGAAGAAGAUUGGGAUUUCCUCCCACCAAAGAAGAUUAAAGAUCCAGAGGCCAAGAAACCAGAGGACUGGGAUGAGCGUGCUAAGAUUGAUGAUCCUGAAGAUGUAAAACCUGAGGACUGGGAUAAACCAGAGCAUAUUCCUGACCCUGAUGCCAAGAAACCUGAGGAUUGGGAUGAUGAGAUGGAUGGGGAAUGGGAGCCCCCUAUGAUUCAGAACCCUGAUUACAAGGGUGAAUGGAAACCAGCACAGAUUGAUAAUCCAGAUUACAAAGGAAAAUGGAUUCAUCCUGAAAUUGAUAAUCCAGAAUAUACACCAGACUCCAACCUUUACAGCUACAAGGAUAUUGGUGUGAUUGGCCUAGACUUGUGGCAGGUUAAAUCUGGAACAAUAUUUGAUAACUUCCUGAUCACAGAUGAUGAAAAGCAUGCAGAAAAAGUUGGAAAGGAAACCUGGGGAGCCACCAAAGACCCAGAAAAGAAAAUGAAGGAGCAACAGGAUGAGGAGGAAAGGAAGAAGCGAGAGGAAGAAGAGAAGAAGGAAAAAGAGGAUGAUGAGGGUGAUGAUGAAGAUGAUGAUGAGGAUGAAGAUAAAGAAGAAAAAGAGGAAGAUGAAGAGGAGGAGGAAACAGAAGCCACUCCUAAAGAUGAGUUAUAAAGAUUGUAAUAUAAUGUUGGGAGAAUAAAUGGCAGCAGGGCAAUGUACAGAAGAACCUUCACACAAAGCAUUUGGGACCCCUUAUUGGAAUGUGCUCUUUUUUGUUUACAAAAAGUUAGAUGAAUGUGGCUUAGGUUCUUUUAGUUUGGGCUAAGAAGAAAGGGACAGUGAAUUCCUGUUCAAAUAUGCAUCCACAGAAGGGACUACUGAUCUAGAUAUUGAGUACUAAAUUACAAUCUUAUGGUAUUGCCUUCAUAAUGUGGGUUGGGGAAAACAAAGUGAAUCUAAUCUGAAAGUGGAGCUGGAGAUUGUCUUGCACAUUGGCAACACCAACCUGUUUGCAGUUGAAGUAGCCACAUUCAGCCUGGAAAUCACUCAUACAGGCUUUCAUCAAUAUCCUUCUCUGCUGUUCUAACCGAGGAUUCUUCAGUUUUCCUUUGAGUCAGCUCCUCAUUAACGUAAAAUUGAUACCAGUCCUUAAAUAUUCAAGUAUCUACAGUUAUUCAGGCUUGGUUGGGUCUCCCAUGCUGUUGGGUUAACUUGUUUCAAUGUAUCUUGUACACUGAAGUAUAUUUAAGCCUGUCUGAAUAUUUCAGUUGAUGCCUGUUUUCAGGGAGCACUGUUUUAGAUUAAUUCAACCACUUGUUUCUCAAACAAUUAAAUCUGGUGAUGGGAUUUCACAUAAAAUUUCACAACUGAAUUGAAUUUGAACAUUUUCACUUCCAUUGGGGGGUUUCCCAUUAACAGGCUUCAACUGUAAGUGUGUAAUUGUACAACUGUCUUCACUCACUUGAAGAACUGAGUCUCACAGGAUUGCACAAGUUAUACUCAAGGGUGUUCUUGGCUCUUUUCCAAAUCCAGGGUCUACUUUAUAUUUUGCAUUCUUUAUAUAGGGUUUCAAAAAGAGGGGAAAAUCUUUAUUUCCAAAAUUUCAAAACAAAUUUUAAUUUCUGUACAGACCAAGAUGGAAGUUGUCAUUUUAAUCUGUUAUUUAAAUGUUGUAAAUUGGUUGUUUAAUCAUGACCAUGUUUUUGGAAACUUAGUUCUGUGUGCAAUACAGAUACGUUUGAUCACAUUUCUACAAUAAAUACCAAAUGGAAGUGA